UCAGCUUUUUAGUUUGUUUUUUCGGUUGUUCUCCCGCACCCAAAAUAAAACUCCAGAAAAAAAAAAUUAUUUGGGUCACCAAACCAAAACCUACGCUGCUUUUGAAUUUUCUCAGGUCGACGAAAACGAAAGCACUAUCGAUAAAGCGGUUUUGAGAAAUCGUUAAAUAUUACCUCCUUUUUUAAAUUCAAAAACGCAGUUUCUCCCCUUCUCUUCACGUUUUUUUUUUCGGGCGAUCACGGGGUUUUAACACCUCUUCCUUUGAUUUAUGUGCCAAGAGAUUUUGCAUGUUGGAGAAGAAGCUAUUUUCUUUCGUGCUCGCGUGAUCUCUUUCGUGCUUUUGAUUCAACCAGGUUCCUGGCUUCUUCACUGUCAGGAGGCCUGAGUGGAACACAUUGAGUUGCUCCUGCAUCUAGAAUCACAAGUUUGGAGAAGAUAUGGGAAUCUUUUCACGCAGUUCGAUGAGUAGGAAAUCAAAAGAUGGAAUGAAGAUCAUUGCAACUGCAUUUUUUGGAGUAACGUUCGGCUUUAUUAUUGGAAUCUCUUUUCCAUCAUUAUCAAUCACUAAGGUGAGUCUCCCAACAAACUUUCUUCCUUCAAACGGUAUCUCAUAUAUAGAGGAAAAGGGCUCGGCAAUUGCAACUCCAGAUAGUCAUAAAUCUUGGUCAUCAUCAAAGAGUAACGCUAGCAGCUCAUCUGGUCCAAACGACAAAUCAAAGAUAUGGGUUCCUUCGAAUCCUCGUGGUGCUGAAAGAUUGCCACCUGGUAUGAUUGCUGCUGAAUCAGACUUCUAUUUACGCAGACUGUGGGGCUUACCGCAUGAGGAUUUGACAAGCCAGCCAAGAUAUCUUGUGACGUUUACUGUGGGUAUAAAUCAGAAAGAAAAUAUCGAUGCUUGUGUCAAGAAGUUUUCAGAGAACUUCACUAUUGUCUUAUUUCAUUAUGACGGCCGAGUAACUGAAUGGGAUGAGUUUGAAUGGUCCAAGACUGCUAUACACAUUAGUGUGCGGAAGCAGACAAAAUGGUGGUAUGCAAAGAGGUUUUUGCACCCUGAUAUUGUAGCAAGAUAUGAUUAUAUAUUCAUCUGGGAUGAAGACCUUGGGGUUGAACAUUUUAAUGCAGAAGAGUACAUAAAGCUUGUGAAGAAGCAUGGCCUGGAGAUUUCCCAACCUGGCUUGGAACCAAACAAGGGGUUAACAUGGCAGAUGACAAAGAGAAGAGAAGAACUUGAAGUCCACAAGAUAACAGAAGAAAAACCUGGAUGGUGCUCAGAUCCUCAUCUCCCUCCAUGUGCUGCAUUUGUGGAGAUAAUGGCUCCUGUAUUUUCAAGAGACGCCUGGCGAUGCGUGUGGCACAUGAUCCAGAAUGAUUUGGUUCACGGUUGGGGACUUGACUUUGCACUCAGAAGAUGUGUCGAGCCUGCACAUGAGAAGAUAGGUGUAGUAGAUUCUCAAUGGGUCGUUCAUCAAACUGUCCCUUCCCUUGGCA